AUGUCUUCCAAAUACACUCCAAUCUCAGCUGUUUCUGGAGGAAGAAAGAAUCUCAAGAUGUGUGUGCGAGUUGCUCACAUUUGGUUGAUGAAAAGGUUUCUACAUGGUGGACGUAUUCACGCCACAGGUAGAAAAGAUUUGGUGGCAAAGUUCAGGUCCAUGGUUCAAGAAGGGGGUACAUUUCAGCUUGAAAAUGCAAUUGUAGGUUUUAAUGAAAGUCCUUAUAAGUUCAAGCCAUUCAAUGAAAUUCUCUCUUCAACUGUCGAGGAAGUAUCUACGGAUGUUAUUGGUCAUGUAAUUGAAAGAGGUGAUGUAAGGGAAACUGAAAAGGACGGAAGGAAAAGUAGGGUUACUGAUCUCACUUUAGAAGAUCUUGAAAACAACCGCUUGCAUUGCUCUCUUUGGGGUGAACAUGUUGACAAAAUUGUGACCUUUUUUGGCAACCAUGAUAACGACACACCUACUGUAUUAAUAUUGCAGUUUUGCAAGACACGUGCUAUGGGAGUUGCUAAUGCCUUUAAUGGGACUAAGCUGAUACUUAAUGGCGAUUUGCCUGAUGUCGCUGCGUACAUGACAUGGUAA